UCCUCUCUUUAGUCUUAUAAAUUGUUGUAAGUGCUUGAUGCAAGAGGAGUGGAUCUGUUCUAUUCAGCAUGUGUUUCGUGAGCAGAAUGGUGCUGCUGAUGCUUUUUCUUGGUGAUAUUAUGGAUGCAUGUUAGGGGUGUAGCUAGGCCCCCUUUGGUUUCUGCUUAGUUUGUUUUGUUUGUGACUUUAGCCCUCCUCUGUACCGAAAAAAAUAUAUAUAAAAAGAGAGAAAAGGAAGAAGGCGGCUUCUGUAGUAGACAUGGGAAAUGGGAGAGGGCAAAUUGGAAAUGAAUUAAAUAAGGGUUUCUAAUGAAUUAAACAAUUAAUUAUUGGAUCUGUCAAUCAACAAAAAGACCUUCUCUUUUGACAGUUUCUCAACCACAUUUUAAAAAGAAACAAAGCCUUACCUCAGAUCUCUCAAACUUGUGACAGAAGCAGAGAAACAGAUUAAGGAAAAAGCCAGAGACCCAUGCCGCAAAUCCACUACUUGUUUCUGCUACCUCUGUUUCACACCUUCAAAAUGAGGAGGUGAGAGCUACCUCUCUCUCUCUCUCUCUCUCUCUCUCUCUCUCUCUCUCUCUCUCUGUGGUUCUGUCCUAUUCGUCUAAAUACUUCAUUAAUUGAUGUACAUGAGACUCUGCUUCUGUAUCUGAUUCUCUUCACAUAAUCUGUUUCUCUGCUCACAUGCUUUCGUUUCAUGGCCAAAUGAGAAUUACCCUUUGAUUAUAACGGAUAGUUUUCCUCUUUUCUGGCACAAAGUUCGUUUCCUUCUCAUUUCAUGGCUGAAUGGAUAAUUGCCCAUCAAUUGACAUUGUCAAGUCUCUUACUUUCACACCUUAAGUUCACACCUCAGCUGGGUUUUUGUCAAAUUUUGUGUUUUUUUUAUGUCCUGAAGCUAGAAUUGUCUGAAAAUUGCAGCCACCGAGCUUAGCUAUGAAAAUUUUAGAUCUUCUUGCUGUAUUCAAUGCAUUAAAGUAAGACUUAGGGGGCAGUUGGUAGAUAAGAAAAGUGUGAAUGGAAAAUCCAUGCUUAAACUGCUGAAGGACUUUCCUCCUAUUCACAUAUGUGUUUUCAUCUUGAUCCAUCCGGGUCAAAGUUCUCUUCUUUGCACCGGCUAGCCAGUUCACUUCAACUCCUGGUACCUCUCACCUCUCUCUCAAUUGCAGACAGUUGAAAGUCAUUAUUUUCUUCUUCACAUCCUUGUUUCCUUUAUGAUUCUUUCUAUUGUAAAUAUGUCUCGUCUCUUCUUUGGUUAGCUGUAUUGUUCUUCCGCAGUCGUUUGGUUUUCGAAAUCUUGGAUAAGUACUGGUUCUUAUAGUAGCCAUGGGGAAUUGGCACUUCUCUCAUUUCAUGGGAUUCAUAUUUUUGUCUGCUUUUCUCUCUUCCAAAACAUGCCUGGCUAGUGUUCGAAAAUUUGGCAAGAUUACUCCGCCUUUCCAAGGGUCUCAGAUGGAUUGGAUUGAUAAUAACGGGCUGUUUCUAUUAUCUAACAGUUCUGAAUUUGGUUUUGGCUUCGCUACUACCCAAGAUGUCACAUUGUUUCUGUUAGUUAUUGUCCAUAUGGACAGUUCGACAGUUGUCUGGACUGCAAAUAGGGGGUCUCCGGUUUCAAAUUCUGAUAAAUUUGAGUUCGAUGAUAAGGGCGGUGUGUUCUUGCAGAAAGAUGGAAGUGUGAUUUGGUCUGUGGAUACUGGUGGUAAAAGUAUUUCUGCAAUCGAAUUGCAGGACUCAGGAAAUUUGGUUUUGCUUGGAGAUGGCAGUGGGGUAGUUUGGCAAAGUUUUAGCCAUCCAACUGAUACCCUAUUAUGGAACCAGGAUUUUCUUGAUGGAAUGAAACUUGUAAGCAAUCCUAGCUCCAACAACUUGAGCUAUGGUCUUGAAAUCAAGUCCGGGGACGUGAUUCUUUCUUCAGGUUUCCAAACACCACAGCCUUAUUGGUCUAUGGCUAAAGAAAACCGUAAAACUAUUAACAAAGACGGUGGGGUGGUCACUUCAGCAUCUAUCAGUGAAAAUUCAUGGAAGUUCUAUGAUCGAACCAAAGCGUUGUUGUGGCAAUUUAUUUUCUCGACUGAUACUGAUGUAAAUGCCACAUGGAUUGCGGUGUUAGGAAGUGAUGGAUUUAUCACUUUUAACAAUCUUCAGAAUGGAGGGUCAAGUGGUCCUUCAGGAACAAAAAUACCAAGCGAUCCUUGCAGCACCCCGGAACCUUGUGAUGCAUAUUUUGAAUGUUACAGUGACAACAAGUGCCAGUGCCCUUCAGGUCUCAGCUCCCGUCCAAAUUGCAAGGCGGGGAUUGUCUCCUCAUGUGAUAGUUCAAAGGGUUCUACAGAACUUGUAAAUGCCGGGAAUGGGCUCUAUUAUUUUGCACUGGGAUUCCUUCCACCCUCUUCAAAAACUGAUUUGAACAGUUGCCAAACGUCUUGCCUUGGCAACUGUUCAUGUGUUGCUUUGUUCUUCCAAAACAGUACAAGAGAUUGCUUUUUGUUUGACAGGAUAGGUAGCUUCCAAAAUUCAGACAAGGGAUCUAGCUUUGUUUCUUACAUUAAGGUCUUGAAAGAUGGAGGCAGUGGUACUGGGGCGAGCAGCAGCAACAAGAAACGCUUCCCGUAUAUUGUGGUCAUAGCCGUCUCGACAAUACUUGUUAUUUGUGGCUUACUUUAUGCUGGAUAUCGAUACUACAGGAGGAAGAGAAAAUCCCCAGAAUCUCCUGUUGAGACUUCAGAAGAGGACAAUUUCUUUGAAAAUUUGACUGGGAUGCCCAUCCGUUUCAGUUACAAAGAUCUUCAAACUGCAACUGAUAACUUCUCGGUGAAGCUUGGGCAAGGAGGUUUUGGCUCAGUUUACCAAGGCAUUCUCCCAGAUGGAACUCGAGUGGCUGUGAAGAAAUUGGAAGGCAUUGGUCAGGGAAAGAAAGAGUUUCGAGCUGAAGUUAGCAUCAUUGGCAGUAUCCAUCACCUGCACUUGGUCCGGCUCAGGGGCUUCUGUGCAGAAGCAAGCUAUCGACUUCUUGUUUAUGAUUUCAUGGCAAAUGGAUCUCUGGAUAAAUGGAUCUUCAAGAAAAACAAUGGAGAAUUCCUGUUGGAUUGGGAGACAAGAUUCAAUAUAGCAUUGGGUACGGCUAAAGGACUAGCUUAUCUCCACGAAGAUUGCGAUUCGAAGAUUGUUCACUGUGACAUAAAGCCUGAAAACGUUCUGCUUGACAAUAAUUACCUUGCCAAAGUCUCAGAUUUUGGUUUGGCAAAGCUAAUGACCAGGGAGCAGAGCCAUGUUUUCACAACACUAAGAGGAACUCGAGGGUACCUUGCACCAGAGUGGAUCACCAACUAUGCCAUAUCAGAGAAGAGUGAUGUGUAUAGCUAUGGAAUGCUGCUGCUAGAGAUCGUCGGUGGGAGAAAAAACUACGACCCGACAGAGACUUCUGAAAAAUCGCAUUUUCCAUCGUAUGCCUUCAAGAUGUUGGAAGAAGGCAAACUGAAGGACAUCCUUGAUAGGAGGCUAGGGAACGAUGAAGCGGAUGAGAGGGUACACACAGCCAUUAAGGUUGCUCUGUGGUGCAUACAAGAAGAUAUGUCUUCGAGGCCAUCAAUGACCAAGGUUGUCCAAAUGCUUGAAGGCCUCUUUCCUGUUCCUCAGCCUCCAGCUGCCAACUCGAUGGGUUCUCGCCUUUUUUCGAAUUUCUUCAAAUCGAGCAGCGAGGAGGGAACUUCCUCAGGACCAUCCGACUGCAACAGUGAUGCCUACCUUUCUGCAGUGCGCCUUUCGGGCCCAAGAUAACAUUUACUCAAGAUGAGAGACGAUCCUGAGGCACUAACGGGUGUUGGCUAAACCAUGUAUACAUUGCUCAUCUCCCAUAUUUCUGUAUAUUUCUACCGUUACUCAAAUUUUGUAACAUUAGCCAUUACUUUCUAAGCUUAAUCACUUUCCUGUUUCUUAGCUCCUGUUUUUCUUCUGUAAA